AUGGCGUCCGAUACUUCGGCCAGCGUCGCUGCUAUAAUGCGGCAUAAUGGGACGGUGGGGGAGCCCGGGGGCAAGAAGAGACAGGUCGCACCGAGUUACUCCGCAAAAUUUAACCUUCCGGCGCACUUUAUCGGUGGGAAUCAUCUUGCUGUUGCUUCCACUGGUCCGGUAAAGGACUUUGUUGCGUCCAACGAUGGGCAUACGGUUAUUGAGAAGGUAUGAACCCUUAUCCUCAUCAUUUUUUAGCUGUUUUCGGCGGCAAUUGGUCGAGGAGGGGCUAAUUUGGUAAUUUUGUUUCCAUGGGGGAUUUAGGUUCUGAUUGCAAACAACGGAAUUGCAGCGGUUAAAGAGAUUAGAAGUGUGAGGAAAUGGGCGUAUGAGACGUUCGGUGAUGAGAGAGCUAUACAGUUCACCGUCAUGGCUACGCCGGAAGAUUUACAGGCCAAUGCGGAUUACAUUCGUAUGGCUGACCAAUACGUUGAGGUUUGUUUCCUUCCAUAUUAAGACCCCCUCACCUACUAGUAGCUAUCUACUUAUUGCCCCGCUAUCUCGCGGGGAACAGUGGUUGGUGGGCCUUGGGGGGUGGUUGGUUUGAAACCAAAAGUUUAUUUGGAGCCUCACCCGAAGCUAACUGGUUGCGUGGUGGCGACGAGAUAGGUACCUGGGGGCACGAAUAAUAAUAACUAUGCCAACGUGGAGUUAAUUGUUGAUGUUGCGGAGAGGAUGGGGGUUCAUGCUGUUUGGGCUGGAUGGUGCGUUUGCUUUGGUCAACGAAUUUGAGGAUGGGGAUAGAAGGGACCCUGUUUUUUUUUUAUUCUUGGAGGGGUGGUGAUGCUGAUUUUUCCUUUUUUUUAUACAGGGGUCAUGCGAGCGAGAACCCGAAACUGCCGGAGAGCUUGGCUGCGUCGAAGAAUAAGAUUGUUUUCAUCGGCCCGCCUGGCUCGGCUAUGAGGUCUCUGGGAGAUAAGAUCUCGUCGACAAUCGUAGCUCAGCAUGCUGAGGUUCCGUGUAUUCCUUGGAGCGGACUAGGGGUCAACGAAGUACAGAUUGACUCGGAGGGGUUGGUUACCGUUGCCGCCGAUGUCUAUGCUAAGGGGUGCACUCACUCAGCCGAAGAGGCUCUGCAGAAGGCGAAGGAGAUUGGAUUCCCAGUCAUGAUUAAGGCCUCGGAAGGUGGCGGUGGAAAGGGUAUCCGAAAGGUCGACUCGGAAGAGGGCUUUACGAGCUUUUAUAACCAGGUUGCCGGAGAAGUGCCUGGAUCGCCAAUUUUUGUCAUGAAACUUGCUGGGAAUGCUAGACAUUUGGAGGUGCAGCUCUUGGCGGACGAGUACGGAAAUAAUAUCUCGCUUUUCGGACGUGAUUGUUCCGUACAGAGGAGGCAUCAAAAGAUUAUCGAGGAGGCACCCGUCACCGUUGCUAAUCAGACCACAUUCUCCAAGAUGGAGAAGGCUGCCGUGCGAUUAGGAAAGCUUGUGGGAUAUGUUUCUGCUGGUACUGUUGAGUAUCUCUAUUCUCACUCGGAUGAUAAAUUCUACUUCCUCGAGUUGAACCCCCGUCUUCAGGUCGAACAUCCUACCACUGAGAUGGUUACUGGUGUAAAUCUUCCCGCUGCACAGCUUCAGAUCGCUAUGGGUCUACCUCUGCACAGGAUACGUGAUAUCCGCCUCUUGUACGGUGUUGAUCCAGCAUCCACCAGUGAGAUAGAUUUCGAUUUUUCCAAAGAUGGCUCGCAACUUACCCAACGAAGGCCAACCCCUAAGGGCCACACCACCGCCUGCCGUAUCACUUCCGAGGAUCCCGGUGAAGGCUUCAAGCCCUCUAGCGGUAUGAUGCACGAGCUGAAUUUCCGAUCCUCCUCAAACGUGUGGGGCUACUUCUCUGUUGGUACAGCCGGAGGCAUUCAUUCCUUCUCCGACUCGCAGUUCGGUCAUAUUUUCGCCUAUGGUGAGAAUCGUAGUGCGUCCCGAAAACACAUGGUUGUUGCUCUGAAGGAAUUGAGUAUUCGUGGUGAUUUCAGGACGACGGUCGAGUACCUUAUUAAGCUCUUGGAAACACCGGCUUUCGAAGAUAACACUAUCACUACUGGAUGGCUCGACGAGCUUAUCUCUAACAAGCUUACCACUGAGCGACCGGAUACAUUCCUCGCUGUUGUUUGCGGUGCUGUCACCAAGGCUCAUGUUGCGAGCGAGAUUUGUAUGACUGAGUACAAGGCUUCUUUGGAGAGGGGCCAGGUCCCUGCCAAGGAUAUCCUGAAGACAGUAUUCCCGGUCGACUUCAUCUACGAGGGUAAGCGUUAUAAGUUCACGGCUACACGAUCGAGUGCGGAUUCCUACCAUCUUUUCAUUAACGGCUCUAAGUGCAGUGUCGGCGUGAGGGCCUUGUCUGACGGUGGUUUGCUGAUCCUGUUGAGCGGACGCAGUCAUAACGUCUAUUGGAAAGAGGAGGUCGGAGCCACUCGUGUUAGUGUGGAUAGCAAGACGUGUCUGUUGGAGCAGGAGAACGACCCUACACAGCUUCGAACACCCUCCCCCGGAAAGCUAGUCAAGUUCCUCGUCGAGAAUGGGGAGCAUGUCAAGAAGGGACAGGCAUUCGCUGAAGUUGAGGUUAUGAAAAUGUACAUGCCUCUUCUUGCGCAGGAGGACGGCCACGUUCAACUCAUCAAGCAGCCGGGAUCCACUCUUGAGGCCGGUGACAUUCUCGGUAUAUUAGCUUUAGAUGACCCAAGCCGUGUCAAGCAUGCUACUCCCUUCGAUGGUCAACUCCCUGACUUUGGCCCGGCGCAGGUCGUCGGCACCAAACCACCGCAGAGAUUCACACUCCUCACCACCGUCCUUAAGAACAUUAUUGAUGGUUACGACAACCAGGUCAUCAUGGCCACCUCCCUCAAGGAGCUCAUCCAGGUUCUUCGUGACUCAGGGCUUCCUUACGGGGAAUGGGCUGCGCAAUUUUCUGCCCUGCACGCUAGGAUGCCACAGAAACUUGAUGCUAUCUUCUCGCAAGCUGUAGACAGGGCUAAGUCCCGCAAGGGAGAAUUCCCGGCGAAGCAGCUUCGCAAGAACUUGGACAAGUUCUUGGAGGACCAUGUUCCUGCUGGUGAUGUAGAGCUCUUGAAGUCUGGUCUGUUGCCGUUGAUUGAGAUUAUGGAUCGGUAUUCCGACGGGCUGAAAGUUCACGAAUUGUCGGUUUUCCUGGGGCUUAUGGAACAGUAUUGGAGUAUUGAGAAGUUAUUCUCGGUAGGUUUAUUAUUCCGGCAUUGGAUGGGCUUAACCGUGUGCUAAUGUUUUAUAGGGACCAAAUACCCGUGACGAAGACGUUAUUCUUAGACUUCGUGAUGAAAAUAGGGACGAUAUUAAUAAGGUUGUCCAGGCGGUGCUUUCUCACAGUAGAAUAGCGUCCAAGAAUAAUCUCAUCCUGGCAAUUCUAGAAGAGUACCGCCCUAACAAGCCCAACAAUGGUCCUAUCGUCAAAUUCUUCCGGCCAAUUCUCAAGAGGCUCGCCGAGUUGGAGUCCCGUGUUUCGGCUAAGGUUGCGCUUAAGGCUCGUGAAGUCCUCAUUCAGUGUGCUCUGCCUUCCCUCGAGGAGAGAGCUGCUCAAAUGGAACAUAUCCUCCGGUCGUCCGUUGUCGAGUCGCGGUAUGGCGAGACUGGAUGGGAGCACAGAACUCCUCACCAAGAGACCCUGAAGGAGGUUAUCGACUCCAAGUAUACUGUCUUUGAUGUUCUUCCCACAUUCUUCGCUCAUGCCGACCCCUGGGUUUCUUUGGCUGCUUUGGAGGUAUACGUUCGCAGGGCGUACAGGGCUUAUGAGCUACAUGCUGUCAACUACCACAAUUUGGAUUCUGAUCCUCCAUUUAUCGUCACUUGGGAUUUCCAGUUAAGGAAGGUUGGUGUUACCGAGUAUGGUAUGACCCAGCCUUCGGCUCCGGCUACUCCUACUGUUGAGCGCGAGGGAUUCAAGCGUGUUGGAUCUAUCAGUGAUCUUUCGUUCCUGGUCGGAAAGUCUGAGAUCGAGCCAGUCCGGAAGGGUGUUAUUAUUCCCGUCACCUUCCUUGACGAAGCCGAGGAGUACCUUGCCCGUGCUCUCGAGCUCAUUCCCCUCGGACGGGGAGCUAGGCCUGCCGGAAACGGAUUAAUGGCUAAUCUUGAAGGACGAAGGCGGUCUAUGCCCCUUUCUGCGCUCGAAGCCGAAGAGGAGGAUUCCCUAUCUGCUGUUUGUAACGUCGCCGUCCGUGAUGCCGAAUCCAUGGAUGAUAAGGACCUUUUGGAGAGAAUCCUUCCGCUUGUCGCUGAUCACAAGGACGAGCUUCUUUCCCGCAACGUUCGUCGUAUCACUUUCAUCUGUGGUCACAAGGACGGAUCCUAUCCUGGGUACUUCACCUUCCGUGGCCCCGAAUAUCGCGAGGAGCAGAGCAUUCGUCAUAUCGAACCUGCAUUGGCUUUCCAGCUUGAACUGGGCAGGUUGUCAAACUUUACCAUCAAGCCGGUCUUCACCGAGAACCGCAAUAUCCACGUCUACGAGGCGUACGGUAAGGAGGUUCAGAGCGACAAGAGGUACUUUACUCGUGCCGUCGUUCGUCCGGGUCGCCUGCGAGAUGAGAUCCCGACUGCCGAUUACUUGAUAUCCGAGACCGAUCGCUUGGUCAAUGACAUCCUUGACGCUUUGGAGAUUAUCGGAAACAACAACUCUGACCUUAACCACAUCUUCAUCAAUUUCACCCCUGUUUUCCCCCUCAGCCCCGAGGAGAUCGAGCCUGCUCUUGGCGGGUUCAUCGAGCGUUUCGGGAGACGCCUUUGGAGACUCCGUGUCACCGGUGCUGAGAUCCGUAUCAUCUGUACCGACCCUAAGAGCGGCCUUGCAUACCCCCUUCGUGUCAUCAUCCAGAACGUGUCUGGAUACGUCAUUCAAGUUGAGAUGUAUGCUGAGCGAAAAACUGAUAAGGGGCAAUGGGUAUUCCACAGCAUCGGCACCAAGUCUGGAUCCAUGCACCUUCGUGCUGUCAAUACUCCAUACGCUGCCAAGGAAUGGCUACAGCCCAAGAGGUACAAGGCGCAUCUUAUGGGAACGCAAUACGUGUACGAUUUCCCAGAGCUAUUCAGGCAAGCUUUCCAUCAGAGCUGGCUGAAGUCCGCCAAGAAGGUUCCUUCGUUUAAGGAGAGGAUUCCGCCUCUUACUGAGUGCUUAGAAUAUAGCGAGUUGGUAUUGGAUGAUAAUGGUGGUCUCGCUGAGGUUCAGCGCGAGCCGGGAACUAACGCUCAUGGUAUGGUUGGUUGGGUAUUAACCGCCAAGACUCCCGAGUAUCCUCGAGGACGCAAGUUUGUCAUUAUUGCCAACGACGUCACCUUCAGAAUCGGAUCUUUCGGUCCCGCCGAAGAUAGGUUUUUCCACAAGUGCACAGAGUUUGCGCGAAAAUUGGGCGUCCCGAGAAUAUACUUGUCGGCCAAUUCAGGUGCUAGAAUUGGCUUGGCGGAGGAGUUGAUCCCGCAUUUUGAGGUUGCGUGGAAUGAGGCGGAUAAGCCAGAGUCUGGGUUCAAGUACCUCUACUUCACUCCGGAAGUCAACAAGAAGUUUGCGGAUAGGAAGACUAAGGCGGUUCUUACUGAGCGGGUUGUUGAGGAGGGCAAAGAGAGAUACAAGAUUACGACUAUUAUCGGACAGGAAGAUGGGCUGGGUGUUGAAUGUUUGAAGGGAUCUGGGUUGAUUGCGGGCGCUACGAGUAGGGCGUAUGAAGAUAUCUUUACUGUCACCCUUGUUACGUGCCGAUCCGUCGGUAUUGGUGCCUACUUGGUUCGCUUGGGUCAACGUGCCAUUCAGAUUGAGGGACAGCCUAUCGUGAGUUUUUUGCUUUGUCUGAUUUUACAACUGAUUUUUACUAAUUUUUACUUUUUAUUUUUUAUUUUUUUUAGAUUCUUACUGGUGCUCCAGCUAUUAACAAAUUGCUUGGCCGUGAGGUUUAUACUUCAAACUUGCAAUUGGGAGGUACUCAGAUUAUGUACCGUAAUGGCAUCUCUCACUUGACUGCCAAUGAUGACUUCGAGGGUGUCCAGAAGAUUGUUGAGUGGAUGUCGUUCGUUCCUGAGAGACGCGGGGCGCCUGUUCCUAUCUCACCCUCCCCGGAUCCGUGGGACCGUGAUAUCACAUAUACCCCUCCCAGCACCAGAGAGGCCUAUGACGUUAGAUGGCUACUUGCCGGAAAGGAUGACGAAGAAGGGUAUCUUUCCGGUCUAUUUGAUAAGGGGUCCUUCCAAGAGACUCUCAGCGGGUGGGCUAGAACCGUCGUUGUUGGCCGCGCUCGCAUUGCUGGUAUCCCCAUUGGUGUCAUCGCGGUUGAGACCCGCUCAGUCGAGAAUGUUACCCCUGCUGAUCCCGCUAACCCUGACUCUACGGAAAUGGUCUCGCUUGAGGCUGGUCAGGUCUGGUAUCCUAACUCUGCGUUCAAGACUGCUCAGGCUAUCAAUGACUUCAAUCAUGGAGAGCAAUUGCCGUUAAUGAUCCUUGCCAACUGGCGUGGGUUCUCUGGUGGUCAGAGGGAUAUGUACAACGAGGUUCUCAAGUAUGGAUCUAUGAUUGUUGAUGCUCUAGUCAAGUAUGAGCAGCCGAUCUUUGUCUACAUUCCACCCUAUGGUGAGCUCCGUGGUGGUUCAUGGGUAUGUUCUCUUUCUUUUUUAUGGGUUGUUCGAUUUGCCGAUUAUUAUAGGUCGUGGUGGAUCCUACCAUCAACGCAAGCAUGAUGGAAAUGUAUGCCGACGAGGAAGCCCGCGCCGGUGUCCUUGAGCCAGAGGGUAUCAUCGGCAUCAAGUAUCGUCGCGACAAACAGCUCGAGACAAUGGCCCGCCUCGAUCACGUGUACUCAGAAUACCGCCACAAACUCUCCUCAGGAACCCUUUCCCAGGCGGAAUCCUCCGAAAUCAAAGUCAAGAUGGCCGAGCGCGAAAGCCUCCUCAUGCCGAUCUACACUCAGAUCUCCCUGCAGUUCGCCGACCUGCAUGAUCGUGCAGGCCGCAUGAUGGCCAAGGGCACUAUCCGUCAACCCCUACAAUGGCAGCACGCGCGCAGGUUCUUUUACUGGCGUAUCCGCCGUAGAUUGAACGAGGAGCUCUUCCUCAAGAAGAUGGGUCUUGCGGAUCGCGGUUCCACUCGUGAGGAGAACCUUGAGCGCCUCAAAUCACUCAUCAUCGUCGAAGGGGGGGAAUCCACUGUCUUCGACGAUAACGACAGACUCGUCGCGACUUGGUACGAAGAUAACAAAAAGGAGGUGCUUGCUAAGAUUGAAGGCCUACGCCAGGACGGGAUCGCAUCGGAGGUUGAAGGGCUUUUGCAAAAGAACGGGAAGAGCGCGCUGCGGGGCGUUGCUGCUGCGUUGGCGAAGUUGCCAGGUGAGGAUAGGGAGGAGGUUAUGAAGAUGCUUGCCGGUGGGAAAUAGUUAAUUACCUUUGUCUCUUUUCUCUUCAUUUUUUUUUUCUCUUGCUCCUAAAUAGCUUAGUUUCCUGUGUCACUUUUCUUCCUUUUCUUCCAUAUUUUUGUUUAAAAGUAUUAUUUUACGGAUUGCAUACAUGGCUUAUAGGGGGUGGAUGGAUGGGUGGGCGGAAGUAAAUAGAUGGGCGUACUAUAAUAUAUCCCGAUUAGUGCC